AUGUCUACUGAAUCUAAAACAAACCGAAUUGGGAAGAAGAAUCUGUCGUUCCUGAAUACUCACGUUGAAGAUGAGGAGGAUGAAAGCGUUACAGUUGUUCCUCAGUCUCCGCUACCAGUGAAACAGAAUUCUGUGGAUAGAGUGUGCCUCGUUUGUAAGUUUAGCUGCCCCAGUAUCGAUAAAUGCCAACGAUUCGUGGGGCUAGAAUACAAUUCCCGGUGGGCCAUGGUGAAAGAUUUAGGUUUGUGCAGGAAAUGCCUCAAAAAACACAAAGGAAUGUGCAAACUUCAAAAGGAAUGUGGAAUGAAUGGAUGUACAUUUAAGCAUCACCAUCUUCUUCACAAGUACCUACGUGCUGAUCCCAGAACGUCCGAAAAAGAUGCAGAUUCCGUCGUAACGAACUCACUUGAGCGUGAAUGCAACAUACAUCAAAAUAUCACCAACAAAGGGAUGUUUCGAGUCGUGCCAGUUAUCGUCUACGGUUCGGAAAAACAUUUUAAAACCUUCGCCUUUCUCGACGAUGGCUCUUCGCUCACAUUGAUUGAUGCUGCUCUAGCGACAGAGUUGAACCUUAAUGGGAAACGGGAACCGUUAUGCCUAAAAUGGACAGGAAAUAAAUGUCGCGUGGAGAAUGAGUCGAUGAUGGUAGACAUCCAGAUAUCCGGAACAGGAACAAACCAUAAGCAAUAUCGCCUUCAAGGAGUGCAUACAGUGUCAAGUUUAGAUUUAUUUCAUCAAACUGUUGACGCGGAAAAGCUCGCAGCUCAGUACAAACAUUUGCGUGGAAUACCAAUGGAGUCCUACGAGAAUGUGCAACCCCGUCUCUUAAUAGGAAUAGAUAACGCUAAUCUCAGCUAUGCUCUAAAGGGGCGAGAGGGAGAAAUGUAUGAACCAGUGGCCACGAAAACCCGACUUGGAUGGGUCGUUCACGGAGGCUCAGAAAAACACGACACGUUUGUCGGGCACCAUACCGUUCACACAUGUCCGUGCCUUCUAGGAAACGUUGACACGUUAGAACAUUCAGUGCAGGAAUAUUUAUCGCUAGAAGGGAUUGGUAUCACAAAACCCGCGGUAGCUCUAACAUCGAAAGAAGAUCAGAGAGCGCUUCAAAUCUUGAAAAGAAUUGUCCAGACGGCCAAUGGACAUUAUGAAACACAUCUACUGUGGAAAUACGACAAAUUCCGUCUGCCAAACAGCAAACCAGUUGCUUUACGACGAUUCUACUGUUUAGAAGCUAGGAUGAAAAGAGAACCAGCGUUAGCCGCAGUUCUAAGAGCGCAAAUUGACGAUUAUCGAAGAAAAGGCUACAUACGAAAGCUUACGAAAGAUGAAGAAUUGAAGAUAGAAACGCAACCAGUGUGGUACAUCCCAAUAUUUCCCGUAUUCAACCCCAAUAAACCGAAUAAGGUGAGAAUCGUGUGGGAUUGCGCUGCCGAAACCAGAGGCAUAUCAUUGAACUCAAUGCUUUUAAAGGGCCCUGACCAGGUGAUUCCUCUCGAUGUCGUUUUGUACAAAUUCCGAGAAAAUAAAGUGGGACUCAGCGGCGACAUAAGAGAAAUGUUUUUACAAGUAUUAAUUGCAAAAGCAGAUCAGAGUUUCCAACUAUUCCUGUGGAAGGAUCCGGAAGACGAGCAACCGAGCACGAAUGUGGCACAAGUGAUGACAUUUGGAGCUAGCUGUUCGCCAAGCUGUGCCCAAUAUGUCAAAAACCUUAAUGCGGAGAAAUACGCUGUACUUUUUCCCAGGGCUGUUGAGGCAAUUACCAAGCGGCACUACGUGGACGACUUGUUGGUGAGUGUUGAAACCGAGGAAGAAGCCAUUCAACUAGCGUGUGAGGUUCGCCAUAUUCAUGCACAGGGAGGUUUCGAUAUAAGAAACUGGAUUUCUAAUUCUUCUACAGUUCUCCAUGCACUUGAGGAAAAGAAAACCGACGAGAAAAGUCUUCAUAUCGGAGCAGAGAUGGCCACUGAAAAAGUGCUCGGAAUGUGGUGGUGCACUGCCACAGAUAACUUCACAUAUAAAUUGUCGAGGAAACACGAUGCUGAUCUACUAGCAGGAGAACGUAAACCAACAAAACGGGAAGUCCUACGUAUGUUAAUGUCCAUAUUUGACCCGUUGGGCUUAAUAUCGAAUGUCCUUAUCAUCCUCAAAAUAUUGUUUCAAGAAGUGUGGAGAUCUGCAAUAGGCUGGGAUGACGAAAUCCCAAAUAGCAUACACGACAAGUGGGACCAAUGGCUGCAGGUCCUUGUUAAAGUAAAAGAAGUUAGUAUACCUCGAUGUUACCGUUACAUGACGACGAUAAGUUCACCAAUCAUAGUCCAGCUUCACACGUUUGUUGACGCAAGUGAAUUAGGCUACGCAGCGGUUGUGUAUUUGCGUUUUGAGCAGGGUAACACUGUGGAGUGUAUGAUAGUUGGAGCGAAGUCAAGAGUAGCGCCAUUAAAAUUCGUUUCCAUCCCACGUCUUGAGCUGCAAAGCGCUAUGAUAGGUGCGAGACUGGCGAAUACCAUCUCUAAGGCUUUAACAUUUAAUAUCACGGAGAAGUUUUAUUGGACCGAUGCCCGCGAUGUCCUAUGUUGGAUACGUUCAGAUCAUCGUCAGUACUCUGUAUAUGUAGGCUGGCGAGUAAGCGAAAUAUUGGAAACAACAGAUGCCAGUUGCUGGAAAUGGGUUUGCUCCAAAGACAAUGUAGCGGAUGAAGCCACCAAGUGGAAGCGACAGCUGAAUAUCAGAAGCGACAGUAGAUGGAUAAGGGGUCCUAAUUUAUUAUGGCAAGCAAAGCACGCUUGGCCUACGGAACCAUUCAACACUAUCUCUACCACGGAAGAACUGCGGGCACACCUACUUUACCACAAUGUGGUGCAGGAGCCAUUGAUACAAGUGGAUAAAUUGUCCAGUUGGCAUCGGUUGAUGCGUAUAGUAGCUACGGUUCUGCGAUUUGUAGAAAACUUGCGCUAUAAAGCCAGAGGCAAAGACAGAAAGAUAGGUCCAUUAACCAACGAUGAACUACGAGGUGCUUCCAAUCUUCUAUAUCGACAAACACAAAGCGAAUCUUUUCCUGACGAAACAGCUAUUCUGUUCAACACUGACACAACUGAAAAAAGAAUACCCAAAUCAAGUUCUAUCUUCAAUUUGAAUCCAUUCCUCGACAACCAAAACGUUAUGCGAAUGCACGGAAGGAUCCACGCUUGUGAAUAUGCUAGCACCGAUGCCCGAAAUCCAGUUAUUCUACCAAAGGAUCAUCACAUCACUAAAUUAAUAGUUAAUGACUACCACUGCCGUUACCAUCAUCGUAAUCAUGAAACCGUGCUGAACGAGCUGAGACAGGUUUUUCGAAUUCAGAAGCUACGGGUGCUGUAUCGGAAAGUCAGAGCAAAUUGCCAAAUGUGCAAAAACCAGCGUGCAUCACCACAACCACCUCCUAUGGGCGGCAUUCACAAGACCUUUCUCCUUUAUCGGGAUAGAUUAUUUCGGUCCACUUUCUGUAGCGGUUGGACGCAGAAUUGA